AUGGCUUAUAAUGAAAAGAGACGAAAAGGCCUGGCCUUUUUGGGUUUGGAUUUUACAGAUGCUGGAAGCUAUAUUGACACCUCGAACUGCAUAUACUCGCAUCCUAUAUCUGGAAAUUUGACCGUGAGAGAAAAGGAAGAAGUCUUCAAGUUCACACAUUUCUGCGAUAUCAUUGGCACUUCCUACUAUUACACGAACAAUCUCUCAUCACCAGAUUUCAAUGGAAACUCUGUUGCAAAGACUAAGAAUCAAAUUACAUUUGAUGAUGGAAUUAGACGUUACUCGGACAGGUACAGAAAUACAAUACAAAAACUGGAUAAAAGUUUGAACUACUAUUCUUCGAUUUUCUUUCCUGAAGAAUUGAGAAUAUCUAGUAUCGGACGAAAAUUUGAAAGAGGAAAUGCUUCCAAGUUCGCCCUUACAACAUUUCUAAAACCCAGCAUCACAGCAAUAUCCUCACCAAUGAAUUUGGAGGAAAAACAGAGACACAUUAUUGAGAAAUUUGAUAGCGUUGAGGAUUUUGACGAAGAUGUAAUAGAGGCCGAGGAGGAGGAAGAAGAGGAGGACGAUGAGUUUGAAGAGGAAGACGACGAUGACUAUAAUGCCGAGAAAUACUUCGAUGAUGGCGAGUUUGAUGAUGGGGAUGAGGACGGUAACGAUGAGGUCGCAUUUUGA